AUGGGGGUCUUUUGGACAGGACUCAAGUAUGUGUUCACCGAUUUCUCGUGUUGGACAUCAACGCAUGGUGUGCCGCACAUUGGAAUGGCGAAUGCCAGAUGGCUGAGAAUCUUUUGGAUUCUCGUCGUUCUGCUCUCCGUCGCUCUAUUCCUAUGGCAAUUCGCACUUUUGCUCAAGAAUUAUUUAUCAUUCAGUGUCAACACAGAGACGACGCUUCAAUUCGCCGAGCGAACAUUUCCAACUGUCACAAUUUGCCAUUUGAAUCCAUGGAAACUCGACGAAUCAAGAAGUGUCGACGCGCAAAUGAGCUCAUUGAUUGAUGCUUAUAAUGAGGAAGCUUCUUCUCCGAAAUUCGGAUGGUCUGGCUCAUUUGACGCAAAACGGCAGCAACAGGCGGCGAAAUGGACACUCCUCUAUUCGCAAAGACUACAAAAUGAGCAAUAUAAUCAAGACUAUAAUAUUGCGUACAGUUAUGCGGAUAUGGUUGUGAGUUGUACAUAUAAUGCGAAGACUUGCAAUUUAACUGAUUUCACUGAUUUUUACAAUCCCACUUAUGGAAAUUGUUUGCAAUUCAACAAUGAUGGCCACUAUAUAUCAUCGCGAGCUGGACCUUUAUACGGUCUUCGAAUGGUUAUGAGAACUGACCAGAACACUUAUUUGCCAUGGACUGAGUCUUCUGGUGUCAUCAUUGAUAUUCACAUGCAGGAUGAGAUACCGUAUCCUGAUGUGUUUGGUUACUUUGCACCUCCCGGAACUGCUUCAUCUCUUGGUGUUAAUUAUGUGUCUACGAAGCGAUUAUCAAAACCUUAUGGAACAUGCACCGAACAGAAAACAUUGGAUACGACACAUUAUCAAGGAAAAUAUACUGUUGAAGCUUGCUUCCGAAGUUGCCUACAGGAUCGGAUUACCGAUCAAUGCGGUUGCUACUAUCCAGCGUAUUCACAUGCUCCCAAUACUACAGAAUUCAAAACCUGUGAUGAUGGAACAUUGAAAAAUUUGAAUUGUAUCGAUGGUAUAAACAAUGCGAAUUCGACAGAGUUCGACGUGCUCACCGAUUGUAACUGUCCGCCACCUUGCGAAAGUGACUCGUUUGGCGUGACAGUUUCUACUGCAAAAUGGCCGUCGACAUCUUAUACGCCCACCGAUUGCAAUCCGAGCAAAUCUGGAAGUGGACCAUGGGUUGACGCUGGAGAAUCUUGCAUUGAUUGGUAUAAGGAGAACACACUUCUUAUUGAAAUAUACUACGAACGAAUGAACUAUCAAGUUCUUACCGAGUCUCCAGCUUAUACUUUUGUCAAUUUCAUUUCGGAUACCGGCGGACAAGUCGGACUCUUCCUUGGUAUGAGCAUUAUAUCGGUCGUUGAGUUUUGUGUCCUCUUCUUCCUUAUUUGCUAUUAUUGUUUAACGCACAAAUCGAGAAGAAUGGAGAUUGAGAAAAUGGAAAUGGAUAUCAAGAAAGCGAGGGAUGAAGUCGAAGAAGUCGCUGCAAAACGAAAGAAGCAUCAAAUGGACAACGCUGGAAUCUACGAAGUCGACCACACCGAUGUUGUGCCACCGAAACCUGUCGAUAAUACUUAA